UCCGGCAACAAUGUCGCCAAAGAGAAGCAAAGGUGAUAUUGAAACGGGGGGUGAAGGCCACCUCUACCCCAUGAUGCUUGAGAGCCCGCCGAUGCGUUGGGCUUUCAUUCGAAAGGUUUAUGCCAUAUUGUCCAUGCAACUGCUUCUGACCGUCGUGGUUGCCGCCAUUGUCGUCGUAGUCGAUCCAAUAUCAGACUUCAUGGUCCACAACAGGGCCGGCCUAGGCCUCUACCUAUUCAUUGUGGUCCUUUCGUUGAUACUAAUGUGUGCAUUGGCGGCUUUUCACAAGCGUCAUCCUGUGAAUCUCAUUCUUCUUGGGAUGUUUACGCUCACCAUGGCCUUCACCAUGGGCUUGAGUUGUGCCUUCGUUAAAGGGAAGAUUAUUUUGGAGGCUGCAAUUUUAACCAGUGUAGUGACCAUUGGUCUGACCCUCUACACAUUCUGGGCUGCAAAGAGAGGCCACGAUUUCAGCUUUCUUGGGCCCUUUCUGUUUGCCUCCCUCCUGGUGCUCCUUGUUUUUAGCAUGAUUCAGAUGUUUUUCCCAAUGGGAAAGUUGUCGACAAUGAUAUUCGGGUGCUUGGGCGCCAUCAUAUUCUCUGGAUUCAUCAUAUACGACACUGACAACAUGAUCAAGCGCUACGAAUACGAUGACUUCAUCUGGGCUGCAGUUUCCCUUUACUUGGAUAUCCUCAAUCUCUUCAUUGCUCUCAUUAAUAUCUUAACUGCUUCCGACAGCUAGAAUCCUAUUUUCUUCAAUGUCUUUGCUUUGUAUUGUAUGUUCAGGGAGCUGGCCUAUAUCUGAGUCUGAUUUAUAACAUGCAUGCAAGCUCUUUGAUUGCUCGUAGUUCCAUGUACAGGCUUUCCAGAUUUUUCACAGCUGGUACCAAGUACGAAUA